CCCCAUAAACCUAGACGAGCUUCGAACGCGUACAUGGCGAAUAGGCGGUGUCUGCAAGCUUUAACGCGCCAGGCAUCUGCAUUUCUCUCUACAAAUCCAUCUCUGCAGUCGCUCACUAUCCCGGCCACCCUGCCAAACCCACCUCUGAACACCCUCACUUCAAGCUUCUUUGACAUCCUCACCGAUACCAGACCCAAUAGCAGGUGUGGGCAACGGUCCCACUCCUGCUAUUUCUCUUCCAGUACACAAGAUCAUGACAGCAACAAAGGUAUAGAAGCCGAAGACGAUAGUGAUGGAGAUGAAGAAGCAGAAGAGUGGGAGAGCAGCGAUGAUGAGGAUGUCCUGGAGUCGAGUGGGGCUACUGGGAAUAGAGAGUAUACGGCAGAAGAAAAGGAAGCAGAGGCAGAAGCAAUUGGGUACAAAGUGAUAGGACCUCUUGGCAAGAAUGAACAGGUUUUCAAGCCAUACGAGCCAGUCUUCGCUGUUGUUCAGAUCGGAUCACACCAGUUUAAAGUAAGCAACGGCGAUAGCAUUUUUACUGAAAGACUGAAAUUUUGCGAAGUGAAUGAUAAGUUGAUUCUUGAUAAAGUUCUGUUGCUUGGCUCUCAAAGUCAGACAAUUGUUGGCAGACCCAUCCUGCCAGAUGCAGCAGUUCAUGCUGUUGUUGAGGAGCAUGCAUUAGAUGCAAAGGUGAUUAUUUUUAAGAAAAAGAGAAGAAAGAAUUACCGUAGGACCAAAGGACAUCGCCAGGAAUUGACGAAGUUAAGGAUAACUGAUAUUCAAGGAAUUGAGAAACCUGAAAAAAUUGUGGCUGAAGUGCCUUCAAAAGCUGCUAAGAAGAAACAGGAAAAGGUUGCAGUUCCUGCUUAAGGAAGGUUUACUCAGUUGCUUUUGAGGCAACCCAGAAAUCUCAACGAGUUUUGACAGUGUGAUGCAAUUUAUUGAGCAUAAAUGUAUUUUGGAUAAGCUCCAUUUACACCUCAAAAGUUACUUUAGACGGAAAUUCUGAGCAUCCAUUCUGCAGGCAGGUUUUAUGGGUUUGUUUCAACAGAAUUUUCUCCCUACAAUGUUAUAUUUUAGUUCUAUGUGUGAACACUAUUGAUUCUUAGACCGGAUUUGUGGUCUAUAGAAAUCUCAUGUUAACUCCUAUAUUUUACGGUUGAUUUAGUCAUGAUACUAUGUGUCGUGCAUGUACUGACAGUCACCUUUAGAAAUAAACUGUCCAUAUUUCGUCUUCCAUCUCUCAUACAGGGCAGAAAGAAAACUGUAUUGAGAAAACCCUGAGAUGCAUUGUGGUGUUUACAUGGUAAGCAAUGUCUUGAUCCAUACUGGUCAAAUUAUUCUUUGUUUUGUGUGCCUAGAGAGCUUGGUAAGUAGAAUAGAAUGAAACAGAAUGGAAGAACAUUUAAGUUGGAAGAAAAAUGUUGUAAA